CGAUCCUUACGACCGCCCGCGAUCACUCGCCCGUCCUACCCGAUCUGUGCUUUGCAUGAAUUCAGAGCGAAUUCAGAAGAAGGUCGGAAAGUCAUCUUGUCGGUCCUGCGAUGUAAAGGAAAAUAUGUUGAAGAUAACAUUGUACUUCUUUAAUUCGUUCCCGAUCCUGAUUGAAUAACACGCGUGUGAAAAAUUGAGAAGAAAUUUUAAACUCGGAAUUAAAAAUUUAAAGGAUCUGGAAAAUUUGAUAACGUUUACAGCUCAUGUAUUCAUUCUCAAAGGUUCGAGUUUUAAAAAUUUGAUAAAUUAUUGUACAUUCGUAGAUCUAUUUCGCAGGAAAUAAGGGGCAAGAGAUUAGUUUUUUUUCUACGCAUGCGCUGAAGUCAUCGUUUGAGGGCAGCCGCGCGCCAAAACUAAAAUUCGCCCAAACUGUUUCGAGAGCAUAUCGUUAGUAAACAUAACCUACUCUUUUGACACAUGUACUUUUUAUGUACUCCCCGACGUACACACGUUUUAUGAAGUUUCCUGCAAAACGGUGGAUUCAUGAUGUCUCAGCACGGUGCUGCUUUGCAAACGUUUAACCAGGAGCUCGUCAAAUGUUUGGAAGAAAUGAAGUUGAGACGAGCCGAGGUCCAGGCUCAGAUAGACGCCCAAGAGGAAGAGAAGAAUAAUUUACAACACGAAAUCGAGAAGAUGUCGUGCAAGCUCACAGAACUGAACGAUACUUUGGCGAAGAGGAUCGCAAUUAGAAAUGAGUACGACAGAACCAUCUCCGACACUGAGACAGCAUUCAUGAAGAUUUUGGAGAGCUCGCAAUUAUUACUUAAAGUGAUCAAGAAGGAAGCCGUGAGUCUGGAUGAGACUCUAGUUAAAGCCAACAGCGAGAAACAAUCGAUUCGACAAUAAGAUGCGACGUAGGAUGUUUGUAAGGGACCAGGUAUCCAGAAAAUGUAUUUAUUAAAUCAUCAUCGGUGAAUACUAUCAUCGGUACAUGAUCAUCAUCAUCGGAAACGUAGCUAAUAAUUAACGAGUACAAAAUUAUAAAUAUACAAACGUUUAGGACAUAAGCUCUAUUAGACUCUACAAAAUUUAUUUACUGUACAAAUACAUAUAUAUGUUAUUUAAUUGCAUAGGAAUAAUACUAAUCAGUCUGUGACGAAAAUUUACAAAAUAAAAUUUACAAACCAA